UUGGCAUUGUGGGAUAGCAGUCGGAGGUUUGGGGGGUUAGGAACUGGUUUCUGAAGACCGUGCGUUGUUUAUUUACAUUUGUGGUCUGUAUCGUUCUUGAAAACCUUUUCAGAAUGCGGGGAGACGAAUCUGAUUCCGAGUCUGGGAAAACAGACGAUAGCUCUGUUCGGAAGAGUCUCGAAGCUCUUUGUCAAGAGCUGAAUAUGGACGAAGAAACAGCAGCUGAAGCCAUGCAAAACUUCACUGCGAUUUGGAAUACAUAUACUCUGGAGGGCGAUGUUGUUCACUGGCUGGCUUGUUCGCUGUAUGCAGCCUGCAGAAAGGGCUCUACCCCGACUGUGGGCAAGGGCCUCAUGGAGGGAAACUGUGUGUCUCUGACUAGAAUCCUCAGGUCCUCCAAGCUGAGCUUGAUUCAGUUCUUCAGCAAAAUGAAGAAAUGGUCAGACAUGUCAAACCUGUCCCAGGAUUUUCGUAAUCGCAUCAGCCGCCUGGAGAGGAAUUUCGAAGUAUCCACUGUAAUUUUCCGCAAAUUUGAGCCAAUCUUCAUGGACAUGUUCCAAGACCCUCAAGGGGAGCCACCCCGACAGCCCAGAAGCAGGAAACACAGACGCCUUCCCUGUCACAUUAGUGAUGUCUUCAAGUUCUGCUGGACACUUUUUGUGUACACCAAGGGGAAUUUCCAAAUGAUUGGCGAUGACUUGGUGAACUCGUAUCACCUCCUGCUGUGCUGUCUGGACUUGGUGUUUGGCAAUGCCAUGCUCUGCUCAAACAGAAAAGACCUUAUCAACCCUCUCUUCAAAGGGCUACCCAAAGACUGGCCCGACACAGCCUCCUCUGGACAGCCCCCCUGCGUGAUUGACAAGCUGUGCGAGUUGCACGAUGGACUGGUGGUGGAGGCCAAAGGCAUCAAGGAGCACUACUUCAAGCCCUACAUCAAACGCCUCUUUGAGAGAAAGAUACUAAAAGGAAAUGAUGACAACUUGACUGAACUGCUGGAUACAUCCAACUUCAUCGAUAACAAUAAAGCCAUUAACCGCGAGUAUGAAGAGUACGUACUGACUGUCGGGGACUUUGACGAGCGCGUGUUCCUGGGAGCCGAUGCUGACGAGGAGAUUGGGACGCCCCGCAAGGUCACGGCUGAAGCGGCGGGGGGACAUAUGUCUGCCAGGAUGCAGGUGGAAUCCAACCUGCAGCAGCACUUUGAUAAGAAACGCUCUCUGGCGCCCUCUACCCCCCUGACGGGGCGGCGCUACCUGAAGGAGAAGGAGCUGCUGGUGACGCCCGUGUCCUCUGCUACCCAGAGCGUCAGUCGGCUGCAGAGCAUGGUGACCGGCCUGCGCAACACGCCCAGCGAGGCCCUGCUCAACAUCUUCAAGACGUGCUCUCGUGACCCCGCUGACAUUAUUCAGAAUCGUGUGAAGACCCUGGGGGAGACCUUCAAGCAGAACUACACCAAACAGUCUGAUAACAUGCCAGGCUCACAUAUGGAUUUUGCAGAAAAACGAUUGAAACUGGCUGAAAUCCUGUACUACAAGAUUCUGGAGAAUAUCAUGGCUCAGGAAAUGAAAAGGCUCCAAGGAAAAGACAUGGCUUGCUGUCAGGUCUUGUUGGAGCAGGACAUUUUCCACUGUUCACUGAUGGCCUGCUGUCUGGAGGUGGUGCUCUUUGCCUACAGUUCCCAGAAGACCUUUCCCUGGAUUAUUGAAGUCUUCAAACUACAACCAUAUUACUUCUAUAAGGUAAUUGAGGUCUUCAUUCGCUCUGAGGAAGGCCUGUCCAGGGACAUGGUGAAGCACCUGAACAGCAUUGAGGAGCAGGUGCUGGAGAGCAGGGCCUGGAGCAGGGACUCAGUGCUGUGGGAGGUCCUCAAAACUGCCAACAACAAAGUCCCCUCAGUGGAGGAGGUGAAUUUUGCCAGCAACUUUGACACGGGCAGCAGCAGCAGCAGCGGCGGAGGUGGUGGUGGUGGGGGUCCAUCUCACCUGCCCUUGGUGGCCCUCUCCCCCAUCAUCCACCCCCGCAUCAGAGAGGUGCGCACCGGUCUGGGGGCCAGCGCUCGCAAAGACGUUCCACCCUCACCCAUCUCCCUGCACGACCGCUACAGCUCACCCACUGCCGGCAGUGCCAAGAGGCGCCUGUUCGGGGACGACAUGCAGCCCCAGUCUCCCAUCAAGCGGUUCUCUGUCACCCCCAUCAAGAUCAUCCCUACGUCGAACGACGCCACACUAUCAUCACAGACCACCACUGUGCUCUCUAUGGCCACAGCAAAUGGCCAGCAGCUCAAUAUACCGCUGCCAGGUAUGGGUGCCUCACCCUUCUUUGUCAAAGCUGUGAAGAACGACAUGAGCGGCAUCACGGUGAUCCAGGUGCAGUCGAGUGACGUCAGCCCCCUCACGGCUCAGGUGCUGCUGACGGCCUCCCCCGGCCGGCCCAUCGCGCCCCCCGCCCCCACCGUCCCCGAGCCCCAGGUUUCCAACAAGCCCCGGCGCACGGGCUCACUGGCGCUGUUCUUCAGGAAGGUGUACCACUUGGCCAGCGUGCGUCUGCGGGACCUGUGUCUGAAGCUGGACAUUUCCCCGGAGCUGCGGGGGAAGAUCUGGACGUGCUUUGAGCACUCCAUCUUACAGAGCACUGAGCUCAUGAAGGACCGGCACCUGGACCAGCUGCUCCUCUGUGCCAUCUACAUCAUCUCAAAGAUAACAAAAGAGGACCACGCUUUCCAGGACAUCAUGAAAUGUUACCGUAGCCAGCCACAAGCCAGCAGUCAUGUGUACCGCAGUGUCCUCCUGAGGAAGGUCUACAAAGAGGCGGUAGCAGCAGCCGACGAGAACAUGGAGGUGGACCAGCCUGCGGAGGAGGUGGACGGAAAUAAAGAUGGUGAGCGCACAGCGAACGGCGAGCGUGAAUCAGAAGAGGAGCGUGGUGACCUCAUUCAGUUCUACAACUCGGUGUAUGUCCUGAAGAUGAAAGGCUUUGCCCUCAAAUACGCCACACAGAGUGCAGAAAACCGGAUGGAGGCACCCCCGUUGUCUCCGUUCCCGUCCGUGCGAGCCGGGCCCUUGUCCCCCCGCCGUAUCUCCCAGAGACACUCCAUUUACAUCUCCCCCCACAAGAACGGCCCCUGCCUUACCCCCAGCUACACAUACAAGUUCAGUGGCAGCCCCUCCAAGGAACUGAGCGACAUCAACCGCAUGAUCCGGCAAGGAGGGGUGAGCAAGAAGCGUGCAUUCACCAUGGAGGGCGACGAAACGGAGUCGCCCACCAAGCGCCUGUGCCAGGAGAGCGAGGACGUGCUGCUCAAGCGCCUGCAGGAUGUGGUGAGCGAGCGGGCCCACCACUGACCCCAUAUGAUGACCCCCUACAGAUCAGCACCAGCCUUGCUCCAGAAAACACAUCGACUUUCCCCAGAACUCAGGCUUUGCUACUGCUACUUAUCAUGUACAAAAGACCCACAAUAUAUACAACAUAUACAGUCUACAAGAAGAAGGGGGCUUCUGGUAGUUUUCUUUUUUUUUUGGUGGAGAUAGGUUUGAAUGAAUGAGGGUAAUCAAACUGCUGCAGACACCAGCUCCAUAUCAUGUCUCUCCAUUUACAGCAUAUGUCUAAUGCUGUACAGUCUUUGUCGGUAUGAGAUCAAGGUCCAGCACCCAACGUCUCGCCCUCUGUCGCUGUUCAGGGUUAGGGGCAGUUCUCUCCCCACACUUGCAGAGGUGGGUACACACACAGACGUCUGUGUGGCUUGUUUGGUGUUUGUGCUGUGACCAGGGGCUUGGUCUCUGAGACAGACUUGGAGGACUUCUGGCCGAUAAAGCAGAGGCUGGUUUUGUCCUUAGUGCUGCUUCCAAGGAGCAGCAUGUUAUACUAUUGUGUAGCAUCUACACUGUUGUUUUAUAUACAUUGUAUUGUUUGUAAAGUUGUUUUAAUUAAGGAGAUUGUGUUUUGUGGUUUUAUUCUCCCUCCAUCCAAUGCAAACAGUAUUUUUGGAGUCAAUUGUAAUUCAUUUAACAAUUUCUUGUCAGGAGUGUAAAAUCACUAUGUUGUGUAAAAUCACUAUGUUGUGUAAAAAAAAAAAAAAAAGGAAAAUAUCUCUACAAAAGUUUUAACGUGGAAUCAGUGUUUAAGUUACUUUUGUCUUUUAAUUAAUAUUAUUAUUGUUAUUAUUAUUUCUGCUAGUGGAGAACUUUCUCUGGGACAUUAUGAAAGGCAAAUUCUGCUUUGUUUUUAAUCUGUAGCCACAGUGACAAACACUGUACCAUCUUUUCAGUCAUGACCAUUUGGUGUUUGGUGUCUGGAGUGUGCUGUCCUUGCAAGAAAUCUUAACUCGCGUUUUGUUAAAAUUGCCUUUUUGUUUGGUUGCCCACCAUAUGCUAUUUCAAAUGUCUAUUCCCCUCUUAAAGGAAUACCCUCUUACAUUUUAAUCUAUGCUGUUUUAGUCCUUAAAACAUCUGUACUAAACAGUGCCUUUUAUAUGUAUAUGGAAAUGUGUGCUUGGUUGAAGUGAAAUGUGUUUUAUAUCUAACACAUUAUUUUACAGAAAAUAUUAAGCCCAUUAAUAAAACACUUUAGUUAUCCUA